UUACUGCAGUAGUACACUUUUAUGAUGACCAACGUCAAUGGCGCGUUACAAUAAUAAUAAUUGUCGAUCUGUUAGGUUUUGGGUAAUAUGUCAUUGUUGUCGGAUGCAUGUGCGAUAAAUUAUUGCCACCACAAUCUAUUAAUGCGGCGACAGCGAUAACGUACGGCAUUUUCACGAGGGUUCGAUUGUGUUUGCCCGCCGUAAAAUGGUAAAUAAUAAUAACCGAAUUUAACGGCGCACCACUCCUAGUUGGAGGAGGCAAAAUAUAUUUUAUUUGAUUGUCUGUAAGUUGCCCGCGAUGGACAGUUCAAAGGGCCCAAACCGUCGAAACGGUACCGACUUGUCAGAUAAUCCGACCGCCAACGCCUAUACCGCCGACACGGACUGCGAUUUAUUGUUGGGCGGCGAAGAGGAAUACAGUCAUCCUUACUCGGACGAGUAUGUGUUUCUAGAAAAGAGGAUGCGCAAUCGAUUGGCAUUUUUUUUUAUGAAUCCGAUCGAGAAGUGGAAAACGAGGAGGCGAUUUCCUUACAAGUUUCUCAUUCAAGUCAUCAAAAUCGUACUAGUCACUAUACAGCUCUCGUUGUUUGCUCACACUCGUUAUAGUCACGUGAACUAUACGUGGGGCAAUAGAAUUACCUUUUCGCAUUUGUUCCUCAAAGACUGGGACGCGGCGCGAGAAGUCGUGUCGUAUCCACCCGCCCUGGGACCAUACGCCAUCUACGACGUUAAAUCAUUUUAUUCUACAAUCAAUUACGCCAUUGUCGGUUAUGCCAAUAUCAAAAACGCCAUCGGUUCAUAUUCGUAUAUGAGCGAAGACAACAAAAUAGUGUAUCCGUUGUUGUGCACUCUUCACUACAAAGAGGGUAUGAUAUUUGGUUUCAACGAGAGUUACGCCUUUGACGGAGAAAUUGUGCAAGAAUGCCUAAACAUCACCAUAACAGACAAUGUGAAAAAAUAUGGAUUUUCCAUAGAAAACUAUCUGAGAGAUCAUAACGCGACAAUUAGUUUUUCGUCGUUGCUCAAGCUGAAAUUGAAAUUCGCUCUAAAAACUGUCAACUUUAGAGCGGCCGGGAAAUUCUCGCCGCCGGAUUGUUACAAAUUUGAAAUACAAAUCACUUUGGACAAUGAAGACAUGGACGGUCAAGUCCUAGUCGGUCUCGAUGUUAACCCGUUCCGACUGAACUGCAAAGGCGACAUUGAAUACAUCACCGACAACAAAAUGGAGUCGUUCUUCAGAAGCUUAUUGAACUAUUUCGUUAUCAUAACGUGUACCAUAUCAGUGAUUUUAUGUUCGAGAGCGAUAUUCAGGGCACAACUACUAAAAUACGAAACCAUCAGGUACUUUGAUGAAAUGUUAAAAUCAACGUUGAGUUGCAGUGGACGGUGGGCGUUUUGGAAUUUAUGGUACAUCAUGAUCAUAAUCAACGAUAUACUGAUCAUUUGCGGUUCCAGUAUAAAAGAACAAAUAGAAACAAAGCAAUUCAUCGGCGAUCAAUGGAAUUUGUGUAGUGUUCUACUGGGAACGGGCAACCUAUUGGUGUGGUUCGGCGUUCUGAGAUAUCUGACGUUCUUCAAAACGUACAACGGCGUAAUACUGACGUUGAGGCAAGCGUUUCCAAACACUUCGAGAUUUCUAUUGUGUGCUAUACUACUGUAUGCCGGCUUCACUUUUUGCGGCUGGUUAGUUUUGGGUCCAUAUCACAUGAAAUUCCGUUCGUUGGCGAGUACUUCGGAGUGUUUGUUUUCUCUAAUCAACGGGGACGACAUGUAUGCUACGUUCUCGAUAAUGGCGACCAAGUCCACACUGCUGUGGUGGUUCAGCCGACUGUACCUGUACUGCUUCAUCAGUUUGUUCAUCUACGUGGUCAUCAACUUGUUCCUGUCAGUUAUAAUUGAUUCGUAUGAAACGAUUAAGGUAGAAAAUAAUCACUCUCGAGACGACUUGCCGAAAAGCGAUUUGGAAGUAUUCAUCACCGAAGGCACUUUCCCGACGUCGACGUUCGAUAUCACCGAAGAGACUGAAAACUGGGCUCACGUGUCUUUCGCUCAAGCCGUUAAGAGUAUAUUUUGUAGUUAUUGUAUCAAUUUUCAACACUUACGCAAGUGGUUAGCUUAUGUUUACGAACCGAGUCGAAAUUAUAAUAUUUAUUUGAAAUGAUCGAUGAAGCCUAACCAUGAUACUUUUUUUUCUACUAUAUCUAAUAUAUCUACUAUAUAUUAUUGUGUAAUUUAUUGAAUUUUGUAUUAUUGUAAUAUCGUCGUUACCAAAAAAAUGUUUUAACCUCUGUGCCAUUAUAUUUAAUAAUGAUAAUAUUAUUUAACGAAAAACAAUUAACUAGAAUCACCUAGUGUGCAGCUGUAAAUUGAAUUGUUGUAUUCGUGUCGAUGGUCAACAUCGUCUUCUCUGUCUGUCGUUAUCUGCCAAAUCAUAGUUUAGUCACUCGUUUGUAAGUUAAACAAAUUUUUUUUUUUUGUUAUCUGUUAAAUUGCUAAAUGUUGUUAUCGAUAUUUAAGUGGUCCAUUGUUAAAAAAAAAAAAACCUCUA